AUGCUUUAACAUGAUUCCAAAAUAAACGAUCAAAUGAUUGACACUGAGAAAGGGAAUCUAUCUCUCGGUUAUGAGUUUUCAAGUUGUUAAAGGAAACAUUUGGCGUAGCUGAGGAGAAAAAUGCUUAAAACGGUAAGAAAACAACUGAAAGUAAUCAAAGUAGGAGAGACGUGUUAGAAUGUGGUUGUUGUUGGGGUUCGAAGGUGCAAAGCAAGGAAGCUGAAAUAACUAAAUGAUUCUGAAUUCUUGUUCCAUGAGUCCACAACCUCUGUCACCUCACAAUUUCAGAGACCUCUUCGAUUCCGUCGAAGCUUUUCUCUUCGACUGCGACGGUGUGAUUUGGAAGGGCGACGAACUCAUCGAUGGUGUUCCGCAAACUCUGGACAUGCUUCGCGCCAAGGGCAAGAAGCUCGUCUUCGUCACCAACAAUUCCUGGAAGUCGCGUUCUCAGUACGCCGACAAGUUCCGAUCGUUGGGAAUUUCGGUUUCGCAGGAUGAGAUAUUCUCCUCGUCUUUUGCGGCUGCUAUGUACUUGAAGGUCAACAAUUUCCCAUCACAAAACAAGGUUUAUGUAAUUGGUGGAGAGGGUAUACUGGAGGAGUUGCAGCUUGCAGGCAUUACAGCUUUUGGUGGUCCAGACGAUGCAAAUAAAACAAUAGACCUGAAGCAGAACUGCUUUGUUGAACAUGAUAAGAGUGUUGGAGCUGUCGUGGUUGGUAUAGAUCCAAACAUUAACUAUUAUAAGCUUCAGUAUGGAACCCUUUGCAUACGUGAAAAUCCAGGAUGCCUUUUCAUUGCCACCAACCGUGAUGCAGUUGGACAUAUGACUGCUUUGCAAGAAUGGCCUGGUGCGGGGUGUAUGGUUGCUGCUAUAUGUGGAUCAACCCAGAAGGAGCCUGUUGUGGUGGGGAAACCGUCAACCUUUAUGAUGGAGUUUUUACUUAAGAAAUUCAAUGUAAGUUGCUCCAAGAUGUGCAUGGUGGGUGAUAGACUAGAUACUGAUAUAUUGUUUGGACAAAAUGCUGGUUGCAAAACACUUCUAGUUCUUUCAGGUUGCACAACUCAAUCAGCUCUACAAGAUCCUUCAAAUAAUAUUCAACCUGACUAUUAUACUAGUAAAAUUUCUGACAUGCUUGACUUAUCAGGAGCAUGAAUUGGUUCUUCCCAAUUUAGACAUUCUUUGAUGAUCCAUUGAGACUAUACAAUAAUGCUCUACAUACACACACUUUUAUUUAAUUUUCACAAUCUAAUUAUAGCUGAUCUCAUCUGGAUUUCUGAUACAUCACUUUGGUGUGAGGUUGAUGUACACCAAACAUUAUUAAAGGCUAUAAUAGUUGUUCUCCCCUGUGAAUCAGAAUCAUAUAAUUGCAAUGUACUCAGAUUUCGUUACAGAAUAUCAGUCAUGACCAGGGUGAAAUUACACUUUCUGCCAUUUCAAUAAUAUGGCACCAUGAUUAUAUUACAUAAAUGAGGCAUUGUAAGCUGAAUGAAAAUUUUAAUAUUUCUAA